GAAAAAAAUAGUCUUCUCUCUCUCUCUCUUCGAUUCAAUUCACCACAUGAAAACUCUGCUCUAACAGGAGAAAACCCAGAUGGCUUCUAUUCAUUUUGGUGAAAAUGGGGAUUGCUCUAAUUCCUUUCCACCUGAUUGUGAUAACUUUAGAGAUGCAGAGAUUCCAUCAGAUAUCCAUAAAGCAGCCUUUGCAUUUGGUGAACCUGAGAUUUCACCCAGGACUGGAGACGAAUAUCAAGCCAUAGUUCCAUCACUCGUUCAAUCACACUCAACAAAAUGCACAAAAUCAGAAAAUGAACCUAUUUCCUACCAAAAAAAUUUCGUUGGGCUCCCCAUACUUGUGAUGUGGAUCAGUACUUUCAAAAUUUCAUCGGGCUCAAAAUCUGGUUCGAAUAUCCACAAUAAAGUUAUUAAGGCAGAAUCUCCAGAGGAACUGAACGAUUUACCAACUGCAGAGAAAAUAAGCAAGUUUGGUAGUCAAGGUUAUCUUUUGGUCCCUGGAUUAGCGGAAGCGUGUUGGAAUGCAUUGGAGAAGGAAAGCUUCCUUUUGGGAUUAUACAUUUUCGAGAAGAAUUUCGUUAAUGUUAGACGCUUUGUCGAGACAAAAGAGAUGGGUGAUGUACUUUCUUUCUACUAUGGGAGAUUUUACGGUUCACAUGAGUACCAAAGAUGGUCAGAUUGCCGAAAGGCGAAGGGUAAGAAGGGGAUUUACGGUGAGAGGAUAUUUUCUGGGAUGAGACAGCAGGAACUACUGAAUAGAAUACUUCCUGGCAUUCCAGAAGAAUCUCGAAGUGCUGUGUUGGAGAUGUCUAAAUCGUUUGAGGACGAGAAAAUUUCACUCGAGGAAUACGUGUUCUAUCUUAAGAUCACGUUCGGAGUUAAGAAUCUUGUGGAUUCUAUCGGCAUAGGCAAAGGAAAACUCGACCUGACCGAAAUACCUCUAGAACCUUCCAGACCUUCAUUUCCAGCCGGUCGAGCAUUCUCCUCACUCACAACAGACGAGGUCAUCAAAAUCUUGACUGGAGAUUACCGGCUAAGCAAGGCAAAAUCGAACGACAUAUUCUGGGAGGCUGUUUGGCCCCGAUUGCUUGGACGAGGCUGGCAAACAGUGGUACCUAGAAAACAAACGGGCUUUUCCCGGCCCUAUUUGGUUUACCUCGGGCCCGGAAUAAAAAAGUUCUCUCGAAGGAAGCUGGUGAAGGGAGAGCACUAUUUCGACUCGCCCACGGAUAUACUGGCUUUAGUCUCCAAGCAGCCGGAUUUAAUCGUGCUCGACUCAGAGAGAGCAGGCCCUAGUGAAGAGAUAAUAAAGAUGGAAGCUCCUGCUGAAAAAAUAUCAGAGAAAAAGUUGGAAAAAAUCUGUUAUUUACAGCCGAGGACUCCGAAGAGAGAAAAUGGAAUAAUGAAAUUCACGGUGAUUGAUACGAGCCUCUCGGAUGGGAAUAUUCGUGAAUUGAGGCCUUUUCCUCCCGAAAUUUCGGAUUCAUUUGUCGAACGAGAUGAUGAGGAGGCAGAGGAUGAGAGUAAACCUGACAAGAAAACUGCAUCAUUACCCUACCUGAAAGGCAAGAAGGUAGAAAGUCAGACUAAAAAAAUCCCGAGAUCUCAAAAGGCAAAACGGGCUGGUUCGGGCCAUGAGGGCCCGAUUGUCAAACGGUGCCGGAUGCUGCCAGCUGUCAGCUCGUCUGAGAAUGCUCGGCCCAAGUUUGAUCUUAAUUUACCACAGGAAGCCCAGGAGGCAGAGAAUGCUGAGUUGGAAGUAAAGCAAGACAGGGCUAAUGUGGGCCAGGCAAUUGAGAAUGGUGGGCCGAGCAUGAGGCAAGAUGGGGCCCAGUCAAAUGGGCCCGAAAAAGGUGGUGUGCUGGUUGAGGGAAAUGAGGUCCAAGGGUUGAACUCGAAUCCUUUGAGGCUGAGCAAGAGGACUCGGGCCCUUACAAAAAGGGUGAUUGAGGCUGUGGAGGGUGGAUAUUUGAUGGGAGAUCACCGUAAACGGAGAGCAAGAGCUUCUGGUUUGAAGGAGAACUGUCGGGCUGUUGGGCCCGUUGAUCAGGCCCAUGAUGAGUCCAUGGUUGAUAAAGGUGAAAACUAAUAUGGAGGUUUUAGUAUCUGAUUUGUUGUAAUCUAUGGGAAAGAGGUGGAAAAAGAUUGGUGACUUUUGUAAGUGAGAUUUUGAGUGUUUGUCUGUGGUGAUGGGGAUGAGAAGUUUUUGACUUGAUUGAUUUUAUGUUAUGCAUGGAUGGUGGCACGGGCUUCAGGGGAGUCCGCGGGCUUUACUUUCAAAUAUUAAUAUAGAUAGGGGAGUUAGUUAAAUGGAAAUAAAAAUUAAAAUAAAAUGGCUAUAUACUAGGUUCUGUAAUUUUGCUUUAACAAUUACUUUCUGUGCUUUUUUUGUCAUUCU